CAUAGAGUGUGUUUAGCUGUCGCAAUUGUAAUAUCUUAUAUAACUAGUACAGCGGUGAUAGAAAGAACUAAAAUGGGGAUAACUAUUCUCAUUUUCCUGGCUCUUCCCUUGCUGAGUUUGGCGUCACCUCGUGAUCUGCAAGACCCGCGGGUCUGCACCUUUGGCGAGUCCUGGUUCACGUCAUUUUGCACUUUGACCUGUCCCAACGGGUUCGCCAAGGACGAGAACGGUUGCGACCUCUGCCGAUGUGCAGACCAGCCGGCCUGCCCUCCCCACGCCUGUGAUCUGGUGCCCGACACUCCGUACGGCCCGGCGCAGUGUCCGUUCGGGGUGGCGGCGGACGGAAACGGCUGUGUCGGCGAUCCCUGCACCUGCUAUCAUGGUUCUAUGCCAGGCAUCAUCAUCGGCUGA